AUGGCACAAAAAACGCCACAGUGCUUCAUUCAUUCGCUUCCCACAGAGACAGUGUACAUCAUCCUCAAGACUUUACUGGAUGACAUCGUCGAAGAUGAUUUGAUGAGAACCCCUGACGCCAAACACCGAGUGCUGGCAGGUGGCCUGCCGUACCCUCACACCAUGGCGUUGGUGUGCAGACAUUGGCGAGACAUCGUGUCUUCUGCACCUGGAUUGUGGACUCGGGUCUUUUGCGUCUUGCCCCAGGAAGAACUUCAGUGGAUGAGCUCCCAACUGCAGAAGAGCCAUGAUCUCGUAUGCGGAAUCUAUCCCAUUUUACGCCUCAUUGCACCGCAUCUUCAACGACUCAAGAGCCUUAGAAUACAUGAGUUCCAUGAGGCAUACGUCCAUAAUCACCUCGACAUGCUAACAGGACAUGCACCUCAACUCGAGUUUUUGCGAUUGACAGAUGUGAGACGUGUCAAUUGUUUCAAAACACAACCGUGUUUGAAGCUGGACUGUCCUGCCCUUAGGAUCCUCCAUAUCGACAAGAAUGCAGUUUGCGACACCAACCACCAGUGGUUGAAGAAAAACCUGACGCACGUUGAUCGCAUGAGCAUAUCAUUCGGAUCCGGCCCCCCCACGGCGACCUAUCGGUGGUCGGGAUUCCCGAUGCUUGCGCGGGCGUUGAAGGUGGCACCACGGCGAAUACCUUGCCUCAGUCUCGAGAAUCUACUAUUGCCAGUGAAUAUUAGCCAAGCUGGCGUCAAAAUCGGGGCAGCGAAAGUGAUCCUUCGCACACGCAUUGAUGCUUUGGCCGUGAUCGAUGACGAUUGCCAGACAAUCGUUCUUCGUCAAUGCAAUUUUGUCCGUCAUCUUUCUCGCAUAUCGUUACCUUCCUUCAAUUCGCUAGAAUUGGAUGGAUGCGCCAGCAAAGCUCUGCAGGAUAUACCUAGGAUCUGCACGUGGGACGGCAAUACAGUGACCAUCACGAACAGCCGUCGCUCCUGCAUAAAGAUCAUCCUAUACUUCCUUGGUGCACCUUUUAAACGCCAGCGUUGUUCCCUGUGGCCCCGUGUCACCACACUCAAGCUUGUAGCCAAGGGCAAAUUUGUCAUGGAGUUACCGUUGACAACGUUGAAGGCGAUGAUCAACAGCCGGAGGGAGGUUGCGGGACAGGAAAACGUAGGGAAGGACGACGAAGAGCUAGAUAGCAUAGGAUUCGAAGGCGUGCGUCCGCUUGCGGUACUUCAUGUGCACGGCGGACAACAUCUGUCGCACAAGGACAAGGCGUGGUUUGAGGAACAGGUGAGGGACUUUGUCUGGGACCACAGAAAAAUGUGAAGGAGCAGUUGAUAGGAUUAGUCCAAAGAAAUGUGCGCUGCG